AUGGUAGAUACACAAAUAACAAAAUUAUCACCGCUGAGAGCUAUAUCUGUCCAACCAUCCCGAAGUAAAUAUUUUAUUAUUACACCCAAAGAUGAUCCUCACUGGCCCGAUGCUCUACCCGAUGAAGGAACAACAGUUUAUGCCCGAGAGUUGGCCAAUGGAAUGAUGACAUCAUUGUCGUGUUUUUUUAAAGAACCUGUCACAAUAAAUUAUCCAUUUGAAAAAGGUCCCUUAAGCCCUAGGUUCCGUGGAGAACACGCACUUAGAAGAUACCCAUCGGGAGAGGAGCGAUGUAUCGCAUGUAAGCUCUGUGAAGCAAUUUGCCCUGCUCAAGCAAUAACAAUCGAAGCAGAAGAAAGAUCAGAUGGAUCCAGAAGAACAACUCGAUAUGACAUUGAUAUGACCAAGUGUAUUUAUUGCGGAUUUUGCCAAGAAGCUUGUCCUGUGGAUGCUAUUGUUGAAGGCCCCAAUUUUGAAUUUUCAACUGAGACCCAUGAAGAGUUAUUGUACAAUAAGGAGAAACUUUUGAAUAAUGGUGAUAGAUGGGAAAGUGAAAUUGCAAGCAAUAUUCAAGCUGACCAUCUAUACCGAUAA